AUGAGCUCAAUGGCGUUGUCGGUGGUUUUGGACAAGCACAUUCGGCGUCUGUGUCUCGACCAGUUUCCCUGUGGAACAGGCAGCUGGCGGAAGGGCGGCAUCAGCUCGGACACGGAGACGCUGACGGAGGACACGGACACAUUACUGGAUCUGCUCAGUUGCCCGCACUCGCCGUGGCACCACGAUGAGCCGUGGAGCCCCCAAGCGGCCGCCCUGCAGCGCGUGGCCGUGGUGGAGCCCGAGCGACUGGACACGGACUUUGUGUGCAGCUACUUCAGAAAGCUACGCAUUGUUGACAAGGAUGUCUCUGUGAUCGACAAAUACCUGCUGAAGUUCUGCAACCUGCAGGAACUCGUUCUCAGCGCCAACCGCAUCUGCGAGAUCUCUGCCGAGAACCUCCCCAGGACGCUCAAGGUGUUGGAACUGCGCGCCAACCAACUGUGUGCUUUGGGCCGCCUGGCCAUCUCACCCCCCCCUCGUCUUCAGUACCUGGGCCUGGCCGCCAACUACCUGGGAUCCCGCCGAGACGUUGCCCACCUCACAGGAAGACAAUGGCCCGAGCUGGUGUGUCUGGACCUGAGCGAGUGUGACUUUGGGGAGCAGAGACCUCUGCUGAAGGCCCUCGGUACACUUCCCUGCCUACGAACUCUGGUGUUGGAGGGCAACCCGUUCACUUUGGCACCCUCGUACCCUGGCUUUGCCGUCGACGCUCUGCCUCGUCUUUGCUACCUGGACGCGGCGUGGAUCGCCCCCGAGGAGCGACAUCGAUAUCGCGGGAUGGCCAGGAUGAGACACCUUCUGGUCGACUGGGCGUCGACGACAGUCCGCGUGGGCCGGAUGCAGGGGGUCCCGGACCCGUCGCUGGACGCGGUCCCCGAUGCUCCGGAGUUCCCGGUGGUCAGCUACAGCUACUUUGUCUCCUACAUGUUCUUCAGUCACCAUACCACCGCCUACCGGGAAGUGGCGGCUGGAGCUACCGUGAGGGGUCAGGACCUGGCGGCCGAACAAACCCAGACACCCAGCAAGAAGAGUGACAAAGAGACACUGGUGUCCAUCGUGGCAGAAGGCAGCAAAGACCUCUCCUCGUCCAUCGGUUUCGUAGAGUCGAGACACAGAACGUCAUCUCAGUCGUGGUCUGAUUGUGUCGACUUUGGUGACACGCUCACGUUCGUCGUCAGAGACCUGAGCAGCUUCAAGAAAUUCCUUCACCGGGGAUUACGUCUUUUUAUCGAGCAGGAAAAGACCCUGUCGUGGCCCGCGGAGGCCUCAGAUGAUGUCGUCGGUCAAGGCACUGUGGACAAGAAAGGGAAACAAGCCAAAGCCAAAGACAAGCGAAAGAAAGCUGCGGUGGAGCUGGUGGCGGAGCCGCCGACGGCCACAGUGAUGGCGUCCGCUCACGUGUCGCUGCGAGGCCUUCUCGACGGACACGAAAAAGUGGACAUCCUGUGCGACUUUGGCUCCCUGCGCAAAGAUCCUCCGGGGGAAGACGGGUCAAGGAGCAGUGAAAAUGUCAUCGCUGACAACAAAUCCAAGGACGAGUCCAAGAAGAAGGGAGCGGGACCGGGAGGAGCGCGUGCCGGAAACAGGAAACCGUCAACGGCCAAAGGGUCGCGCAAAGGAAGAGGCAGCGAGGAGCGCGACGGAGACACGCCCACCCAAACGGAAACGGCUACAGUCGAGUUGAGCGUGGAGCUGAAAAAGUGGCGGCACGCUUCAGAGGUGGCGCCACUCACGCCCGCCAAUUCUUGA